CUCUCUCGUCGGCAUUAGCGCACGAGGUCCGUCGCAACGCAGCUUCUGCAGGUGCUCGUUGAAUCAAACAACAAUCCAAUUCCCAUCUUGUUGACCUAAUCUCUCUCAACUUCAGGUGAGACAAAAUGGAUAAACGGAGUUACAGUAGUAGACUGGAAACAAACAACCCAAAUAAAGCCUAUGCAAAGGAGCAGGAUUCUCUUGGUGAUGACUUCAUAGAUGAUUUUCGCUUGCCCAUCAACCAUAGACCAACAGAAAAUGUUGAUCUUGAUAAUGUGGAACAAGCAUCGUUGGACACUCAAUUAACUUCAUCAAAUGUGGGCUAUAGGCUUCUCCAGAAGAUGGGCUGGAAAGGGAAGGGACUAGGAAAGGACGAGCAAGGAAUUAUUGAGCCCAUUAAAUCUGGAAUUAGAGAUCCCAAACUAGGAAUUGGAAAACAAGAAGAAGACGAUUUUUUCACUGCAGAGGAAAACAUCCAGCGGAAAAAACUUGAUGUUGAGAUGGAAGAGACAGAAGCAGAUGUGAAAAAACGGGAGGUUUUAGCAGAACGUGAGGAGAAAAUUCAAACUGAGGUUAAAGAAAUACGCAAGGUUUUCUAUUGUGAUCUCUGCAACAAACAGUACAAGUUGGCUAUGGAAUUUGAAGCGCAUCUCAGCUCAUAUGAUCAUAAUCAUAGAAAGCGUUUUAAAGAAAUGAGAGAAAUGCAUGGUUCAAGCAGCCGAGAUGACAGAAACAAGCGGGAACAGCAACGUGAAGAGAGAGAGAUGGCAAAAUUUGCUCAAAUUGCGGAUGCCCGUAAGAAGGAGCAGCAAAUGCUGGAGCAACAAGAAAGAUCAGCCAAGGCGCCUGCUUCUACUGAAAUUAGAAAUGCUACAUCACUUGCAGAUCAGGAUCAGCGGAAAACAUUAAAAUUUGGAUUCUCUUCUAAGGGUGGCACCUCGAAGAAGAUUUUUGGUGGAGCCACAAAGAAACCUAAAGUAGUAGCCCCUGUAGCUUCAGUUUUCGGGAAUGAUAGUGAUGAGGAAUAGCAGCAAAGGAGUUCCCAAGUUGCUUUGCAUCUUUUGUAUGUGUAAGGAAACAUCUUGAAGUUCAUGUAUUCUUAUUAUGGCAGUAGAGACAUUAUUGUUUAAACUUGCUUGCUCGCUCUUAGAAUGUUAAUUUUGAGAUAUCAUAUCGUGUGAUUUAGUCUGAUGAACAGAUAUCCAUACAACUCUCUGUGCUAUUGAUGUGUUCUGUUUAUUAUACCAUCUUACUUACUGAAA